AUGUCAUCCAAUAGCCCUACAGGUGGCGGCGGAUGCCCUCCAAUCACUCCCCCAAAAGAUUCGGAUAGGAGGACCCAAAAUUCUAUUCAUUCUUUUUCUUCAUUUGGUGUUCAACGGCCUUCCUUUGAGACCCCCACCAUUUCAUCGGAUCAUCGGUUCUCUGGUUCCAAUUCUGCUGGUGUUAAUUAUGCCCCUCGUGAGUCCAUGGAAAAUUCAUCCAUGUUGAGAAAUGAACCUAAUGAUCUAGACUUGGAUCUAGCUCUAGGUGGGUUGAGUCUGGAUUUUGAUAUUUUGCCCAACAAGAACCAGUCCAACUUUUUGGCCAAUUCUAAUAACCGCCAUUCGUCGUUGACCCCAAACUCUUCUAAUUGGUCCAUUGAUAAUCCUUCCAUGGCUUCGGCAACUCCAAGGCUAAGUAUUCUCCAACAUGGACUUCAUCUUGAUGGAUUAAAUCAAAUCAAGCCCUUCGAACUACCUGGUAAGGAACUUUCUGGAACUGAACCUAGGGUCUCUGGCUCCGGCUCUUUCGGCCCUGCUUUGGUCCAAAGCUCUCCCUCCACUGUUAAUUCCCCAGUUAAUGAUCCUUCUACCCAAUCAUUGGUCGAUAAAGAAAACUUGACUUCUGCUACUCCCAAUGGAUACGAAAAUCAGCUUCCCCUAGGCUUCAGCAACAUGGGUAGCGGCUACCCUCAUCCAAUGUCCCAUGGUAUGGAGAUGAACUUGGACAUGAACAUGAAUGUCGGAUUUAAUAACGGCAUGCCUAUGAUGGUGCACUCGCAAGGUAUUUGGCCUCCCCACUCUGAAACUGGUCUUGAAGAUGAAUUUGCAAACCACAGGCUGCAAACUUUUCCCCACAAGUCCAGAAAUGGACAAGGUAAUCGCAAUCCUGGAGCUCAUCAUCCAUCUCAGCAACAUUUAGGUGGAAGUGGUGGGCAUGGUCAGUCUGCUUUGAACAAUUCUAGCAUUGGAAGGUUGAACAAUGGAAUGAAUACUCACCGCAAGAACAUGAGGAAAAGAGGUGAGGAUCCUUCCAAAUUUGCUGAUGCCAAACUUGAGGACUUUCAAGGUGAGAUUUACUCUCUUUGCAAAGACCAGCAUGGGUGUAGAUUUUUGCAGAAGCAGUUGGACAUUGGUGGCAAGAAUGCCGCCACUAUGAUUUUUAACGAAACCUAUCUUUCCGUAAUCGAGUUGAUGUCUGAUCCGUUUGGAAAUUAUCUGAUUCAGAAGCUUUUGGAUAAGGUUAGCGUUGAUCAGAGAAUUACUCUCGUUAAAAAUGCUUCUUCAAAGUUUGUUAGAAUUGCGUUGGAUCCACAUGGAACUCGUGCCCUCCAGAAGUUGGUUGAAUGCAUUGAUACCGAAGAGGAGUCGGAGAUAAUCAUUGAUGCUCUCUCAUCUCAUGUGGUUUCUUUGAGCAGAGAUUUGAACGGUAACCACGUCGUUCAAAAAUGUCUUCAAAAGCUAAGUAGCAAGGAUUGUCAGUUCAUUUUUGAUGCUACUUGUGACCAUUGUGUCGAGAUUGCAACCCAUAGGCAUGGAUGUUGUGUUUUACAAAGAUGUUUGGACCAUGGGUCAAAAGAACAAUGCUAUGCGUUGAGUUUGGAAGUCAGUAGAAACUGUAUUCCUCUUUCUUUUGAUCCUUUUGGUAACUAUGUUGUCCAGUAUGUUUUGUCUCAAAAUGAGAUGAUCAAGAACAUAAAUGACAGUAAACCUGUGGCCAAUAUCGUUGCUGCUAUCAAAGAUAGCAUUAUUACAUUAUCUCUCCAUAAAUUUGGAUCGAACGUCAUCGAAAAGUGCUUGAAGAUUCCCCGCGUAAGCAAGCUAGUCAUUGACCAGUUACUGGAGACUCAUGCUACCAAAAUAUCAGAGUUGUUAAAUGAUCCUUAUGGAAAUUAUGUGCUUCAGACAGCUUUGGACGUUUCUACACCUGAAGAAUUUGAGAGAUUAUCGGAACUGUUGAAGCCUUUAUUACCCACUGUACGCAAUACUCCUCAUGGUAAACGUAUAAUGGCAAGGAUACAAGUAAACGGAGUACCUCCAAGUAACAACCAGUUUCCUGUGAUGGCUCAACAGUUUCACCACGGCCCUAGGCAACCAAUGCUGCCACAACAGCAACAACAAUCACAUCUAGCUCAGAGGGGUAACGCUGUUUACCCGAAACCAUGA